GACACAGGCUUUGAACAGCCAGGCCAACGCCCAACGACCCGCCACGAUGAACAUCAGGUGGCCCGCUUCGCAAGGCGGGAUUCCGUCCCCGAUUGGAUAACGGAAGCGCAUGCGCACGACCGGCAUGGGAACGUCGUCAAUAGUUAUGUUGGUUCAAGACCUCCUCACAGGGUGGAGGAGCAACACCUUGUAUUCUGUCUAGAAGGCCUCUAACCUGAUGUGAAGAACCCUUGUUUCUUUGGCUGCGCAAGUCUAGGGAAGACUACCUCUGGCCCUCCCAAACUCAUGAGACCUGAAGUAACAUGGAGUCUGUCUCACUUCAGACAGAAGAUUGUGGCCCAGCUGAAGAGGGCAUUGCCGCAGGACUGUUCUUCCUUCGAGUGAAUGGAGCUUUCCAUGAUGUGAAAGAUGAAGACCUACAAAUGUCUCUGGCUGAAUACCUUCGCAACGUUCUGCACCUUUGUGGAACAAAGGUCAUGUGUCACGAAGGAGGCUGUGGUUGCUGUGUUGUGGUCGUUGAAUAUGAUGACCCCUUGAAACCUGGGAAAAGAAUGAUCAAGUCAAUUAACUCUCGUUGCUCUCACUGUGAUUUCUCAUGCCUGCAAACUGCUUCUGCUCAGUGUUUGUUUCCAAUUGGAUCCCUGUUGUCACUGAAGAACCAUCAUGUCAUUACAGUAGAGGCACUGGGAUCUGUAAAGAAGGGCUUGCACCCAAUUCAGCAGCGGCUGGCUGAUUACAAUGGAAGCCAGUGUGGCUACUGCAGCCCAGGUUUUGUCAUGCAAAUGUAUGGGCUUCUGAAGAAUAAUCCAUCACCAAGUUCUCAGGAAGUGGAGGAUAACUUCGAUGGCAAUAUUUGCAGAUGUACAGGGUACCGUACUAUUUUAGAUGCCAUGAAGUCCUUUGUAAAUGAUUCUGACAGAAAGCAAAAAGGAUUCUUCAUUGAUAUUGAGGAUUUGAAGACUUGUCCUAAGACAAAACAACUGUGUAAGCAGACCGACAUGAACAAAAUUGAACCUUGUACUGAUCAAGCAAAGAGCAGAGCCAGCUUGCUUUUCUCAAAGAAUAAUAUAAGUUGGUACCACCCGACUGCACUAACAGAAUUGUAUCUGUUAUUGAAAGAGCAUUCCACGGAAGCCAUCAAACUUGUACAGGGAGAUACUGCUAAAGGUGUUUACAAGAAAGAUGGACCUUAUCAAGUUCUCAUUGAUGUGAAAGGCAUCCCUGACCUUUACAUGGUCACAAUGGAACCAGAUGGCUUGAAGGUGUUUUCCAAUGUUAGCCUGAGUUCACUGAUUGGCUACCUGCAACAAUAUUCGAACGAAUCACCAUCCUAUACCGUUAUUGCAAGUCACCUGCUGAAGCUUGCUAAUGGACCUGUGAGAAAUGCAGGUGGUUGGGCUGGAAACCUGAUGAUGAAAUGGAGGCACCAUGAGUUUGUCUCUGAUGUAUUUGUGGUCCUUGAAGCUGCUGGUGCGAAAGUGACUGUUUCAGACAUUACUGAUGUGAACACUUACACAUUAGUGGAUUUUCUUAAUGUCAACAUGCAUGGAAAGUUACUUUUGUGUGUAGAAAUUCCAAAACUGGAAAAGGGAGAAUCGAUGAAAUCCUAUAAGAUCAUGCCACGAAAUCAGAAUGCUCAUACCUAUGUGAGUGCCGGAUUCCGUGUGAAAACAAGAGUUUCCAAGGAGAAGCAGUUGGUAGAAUCUAUCUCCAUGGUAUACACUGGAAUUUCUGAGGACUUCAUUCACGCUACAGCCACAGAAAAAUACCUACAAGGCAAAGACCUCACUUCCAAUGAUACCUUACAAGGUGCCUUGGCUGUUCUGGACAAGGAAAUAAUUCCUGAUGUUUCUGAUCCACUGUUGGCUGGUGCUACAUACAGGAAGUCGCUGGCACAAGGGCUUUUCUAUAAGUUUUACUUGUCUCUUUUGAGUGACGAUAUCAUCUCACCACGUAACCGGAGUGCACAAUAUUCUUUGGAACGCCCUGUUUCGACAGGAAAACAAACGUUCAGCAGCAAGCCAGAGGAAUAUCCUUUGACACAGCCCAUGCCAAAAUUAAGUUCCCACCUGCAGACAUCAGGUGAAGCUCAGUUCAUCAAUGACUUGCCACCUGUACCUAACGAGCUGUUUGCUGCAUUUGUGCUAAGCACAGAGGGCAAUGCAACCCUCAGCAACAUUGAUGGUGUAGCAGCUAUGACUGUGCCUGGUGCUGUUGCAGUGCUAAAAGCUGAGGAUAUCCCUGGAAGCAACACAUUUAUGCCGCCACCCUCUGCAGUUGAGGAGAUUUUCAGUAGUGGGCCAAUUCUUUAUGCUGGACAACCAAUUGCACUGUGUAUUGCAGAUUCACAGAGACAUGCUGAGCAGAUGGUGGAAGCUGUGAAAGUUACCUAUCAAGAUCAGAAACCACCAAUAGUGACUCCUGAUGAAGCUAUUGAGAAGAAAUCCUUCCACCCAUCACCCGGACCAGGAUUACUAACUGGAGAUCCUGCCGGUGCUAUUUCACAGUCUCCUUGCACGGUUAAAGGUGAAAUCAGGAUGGGUGAACAAUAUCAUUUUCACAUGGAAACACAGAUCUGUCGGUGUGUGCCUACAGAAGAUGGUCUGGACAUCCAAGCAUCAAGCCAGUGGUUGACUUUGGUCCAACAAGUCGUUGCCAAUGCCCUUGGAGUACAAGCAAAGAAUAUUAAUGUCACGGCGAAGCGUUUGGGUGGAGCUUAUGGAGGCAAAGCCACUCGUGCAAAUUUAGUGGCUUGUGCAGGAGCUGUAGCUGCUUCUAUACUUCGCAGACCUGUUCGAUGCAUGAUGGACCUGAGCACCAACAUGAAAGCCAUCGGAAAACGACAUGGUUAUGUAGUGAGAUACAAGGUGGGCUUCACUGAGGAUGGCACACUAAAUGGCAUCAUUAUUACUUACUACUGUAACAAUGGAAGCAGUCCAAAUGAUAAUGAAGUUGGAGAGAACUUGGUGUUUUCAGAUAAUGCUUACAGGUGUAAAAAUUGGCAGCUGAUCCCUGUAGCUUUGAAGACAAAUCGUGCACCUCAUACAUGGUGCAGAUCUCCAGGUUCAAAGCCCAACAUAUUUGUCAUCGAGACAAUUCUUGAACAUGUGGCCAAGUUUCUGUCGCUGGAUCCAAUUGCUGUGAAGCAGAAGAAUCUCUAUGCUCGGGGAGACCAAACACCAAUGGGCUUUGUUCUACCUUACUGCAGCAUUCAGGACCUUUACUCAACUCAGUUAACGAAAGCGAAUGUGGCAGAACGCAUGCAAGCAAUUAAGAAGUUUAAUGCAGAGAACCUGUGGAAGAAGAAAGGUCUGGCAGUGGUGCCUCUGAAAUUCAGCCUCUCCUGGAGCUGGACAUAUUACCUGUGCACUGUUUCAAUAUUAGCCAGCGAUGGUUCAGUGAUAAUAUCACAUGGUGGAAUUGAAUCUGGUCAAGGCCUCAAUACCAAGGUUGCUCAAGUAUGUGCCUACAUGUUGGGAAUUUCAGUCGACUAUGUCUCCAUAAAACCAACCACAACCAAUAGCAGUCCGAACUCCGGUGCCACAGGUGGCAGUAUCAGCAGUGAGCUAAACUGUCUGGGUGUACAACGCUGUUGUGAGAUUCUGAAGGACAGAAUAAAGCCGGUGAGGGACAAGCUUCCACCGGGAACACCCUGGAAGAAUCUGGUGGCAGCCUGUUUUCAAGCCAAGGUGAAUCUGACUGCGCAGGACUGGGUGUGGCCUGAUGCACAGCCCAAUGAGGCUCCCCAGUAUAACUCUUAUGGGGUGACUGUGGCAGAGGCUGAAGUUGACAUUCUCACAGGGGAGAACCAGAUCACCCAAGUGGAUAUGCUCUUUGAUUGUGGUGAAAGUUUAAAUCCUGAUGUUGAUAUUGGACAAGUGGAAGGUGCUUUUGUCAUGGGCAUGGGAUAUUGGCUGACUGAGAAGAUGAUCUAUGAUCCUAAGACUGGGGCUGUACUGAACGCAGGGACGUGGGACUACAAACCACCAUUCAGCAAGAGCAUUCCUGUCAAUUUCAACAUCGAGCUGCUGAAGAAUGCUCCCAACCCCAUGGGUGUGCUCCGUUCGAAGGCCAGCGGUGAACCUCCCCAGUGUAUGUCCUGUGCAACACUAUUUGCUGUGAAACGUGCUAUUGAGUCUGCACGUGAAGAUAUUGGACAGAAUACAUACUUUCCACUAAAUGGGCCUGCAACCGUGGAAGUAAUCCAGACAAACUGCCUCGUGGACUACAGAAAUUUUUCAAUUUGAAAGCCACACUUCAUUCUGCUACUCUGCUGAACAAUGCUAAUAACAUGACAUUUUUGUCUUAAUCUUCAGCACAGUGUUUUGCAGUAUCACCACUAUAUCCUUACAGUCUUGUACUUCAUUGUUUAAACUUACAGCAAUCCUCUCUUUAAAUCUAAUGAAAAGCUUUCAGAUAAGUCCAGUGGGGAGAAGAUACAGGAUUUCAUGAUGAAAUAAUGCUAAGCAGUUAGUUUUCCAUAAUGCAUAUGCUAUUACUAAAAACUGAAGCAAAUCAACUUAGCAAUUUGCAGUACAUCUUUCAGCCAGUGAAUAUAAAAUUGAUAUACAUGUUAUUUUUAAUUUGGAUUGCAUUUGUUUACAGCAGGAGUUCCCAACCUUUUUUUAUGCCAUGGACCCCCACCAGUAACUGAGGGGUCUGUGGACCCCAGGUCAGGAAUCCCUGGUUUAGAGCAAAUAUUUUUAUAAAGCAAACUUACCAUAUUUCUGAUGAGGUGUAGAGUUAAAGAUCAAACCAGAUUCUUUACCUCAAAUGGAUAAUUAAAUUUAAAGAUAAAGAUUAGUUUUAUUUGUUACAUGUUCUGUGAAGGAUGUAGUGAAAUAUGUUGUUUGCGUCAAUGGCCAACACAGUCUGAGGAUGUGCCGAGCUCAGCCCACAAAUGUUGUCAUGCUUCUGGUCUCAACAAAACAUGCCCACAAUUCACUAACCCAUCUUCAGAAUAAGGGAAGAAAUUGGAGUAACGGAGGAAACCCUCACAGUCACGGGGAGAACUCCUUAUAGACAGUGGCGGAAAUUGAUCCUUGUUCUUCUGAUCACUGAUGUUGUAGAGCGAUUACACAAACCACUAUACUACUGUGGCAACACACACAAAAUGCUGGUGGAACACAGCAGGCCAGGCAGCAUCUAUAAGGAGAAGCACUGUCGACGUUUCGGGCCGAGAUCCUUCAUCAGGACUAACUGAAAGGAAAGAUAGUAAGAGAUUUGAAAGUAGUGGGGGGAGGGGGAAAUGCAAAAUGAUAGGAGAAGACCGGAGGGGGUGGGAUGAAGCUAAGAGCUGGAAAGGUGAUUGGCAAAAGUGAUACAAAGCUGGAGAAGGAAAAGGAUCAUGGGACGGGAGGCCUCAGGAGAAAGAAGGGGGGGGGGGAAGCACCAGAAGGAGAUGGAGAUCAGGCAAACAACUAAAUAUGUCAGGGAUGGGGUAAGAAGGGGAGGAGGGACAUUAACGGAAGUUAGAGAAGUCAAUGUUCAUGCCAUCAGGUUGGAGGCUACCCAGCCAGUAUAUAAGGUGUUGUUCCUCCAAUCUGAGUUUGGAUUCAUUUUGACAGUAGAGGAGGCCAUGGAUAGACAUAUCAGAAUGGGAAUGGGACGUGGAAUUAAAAUGUGUGGCCACUGGGAGAUCGUAUUUUCUCUGGCGGACUGAGUGUAGGUGUUCAGCAAAAAGGUCUCCCAGUCUGCAUUCGGUCUCACCAAUAUAUAAAAGGCCACACCGGGAGCACCGGACACAGUAUAGCACACCAGCCGACUCACAGGUGAAGUGUCACCUCACCUGGAAGGACUGUCUGGGGCCUUGAAUGGUGGUGAGGGAAGUGUAAGGGCAGGUGUAGCACUUGUUCUGCUUACAAGGAUAAUUGCCAGGAGGGAGAUCAGUGGGAAGGGAUGGGGGGGGGGGCGAGUGGACAAGGGAGUCGUGUAGGGAGCGAUCCCUGCGGAAAGCAGAAAGGAGGGGGAGGGUAAGAUAUGCUUGGUAGUGGGAUCCCUUUGGAGGUGGCGGAAGUUAUGAAGAAUUAUACGUUGGACCUGGAGGCUGGUGGGGUGGUAGGUGAGGACAAGGGGUACUCUAUCCCGAGUGGGGUGGUAGGCAGAUGGGGUGAGGGCAGAUGUGCGGGAAAUGGGAGAGAUGCGUUUGAGAGCAGAGUUGAUGGUGGAAGAAGGGAAGCCCCUUUGUUUAAAAAAGGAAGACAUCUCCUUCGUCCUGGAAUGAGAAGCCUCAUCCUGAGAGCAGAUGCAGCAGAGACGGAGGAAUUGUGAGAAGGGGAUAGCAUUUUUGCAAGAGGCAGGGGUGGGAAGAGGAAUAGUCCAAGUACUAUUCACAUACUACUGUGGCUGAAGUUGGAGAUUAUAGUACAUGAAGACUUGCUGUCCUAGUAGAACCUGUUUGCUGGUGAAAUCUCUGUGCACUGCUCUAUUGUGUCACAUUUAUCCAGUUUAGAGUCACAGAGCAUCUCAGCACAGAAACAGCACCUGGACCAUAGCCCUCCAUAAUACUCCCAUCCAAACCACUUCAAUUUUACAAUUGAUCUUGUAUCCACCACUUCCACUGGUAGCUCAUUGUACACUCGUACCUCUGCCUUAUCCUUGAAAAAAUGCAUUUGUUGUUUCAGAUCUCAUCCUAGCUAAGGUUCCAUAUAAGAUCCAAGCCUGAGUGAGUUACUUGUAAUUCAUGUGUACAUGGAAACAUACACUGAAAUGCAUCAUUUGUGUUAACAACCACACACCCAAGGAUGUGCUGGGGGCAGCCCGCAAAUGUCCCCACAGAUUCUGGUGCCAAAAUAACAUACCCACAAUGUUCAGCAGAACAACACAAGCAGCAACAGAAACAAAACAGGGACAGCAAAGAAAACCCCCUUUCCACCUUUCCUCCCCAUACACUUGUACACACAGGCCUCCAACAUAAGGACAGUUCUAGGCCGCAGAGUCGUAGACAUCGGGGCUCGGGCCUCCGGACAGGCAGUUCCAGAGACUUCGGUCUUUAACCUCCAGACUCACUGAGCUCUGAACUUCAACCUUCAGUUUUGCCCUCAGACUUGGCUGAACUCUGGGUAUCAACCUCAAAACACACCAAUUAUAGGUUUAACAGGUUUUCUUUUUGAUACACAUUUUAUUUUAUUUAUAAUGGCUUUUUAGUCUAACCAGAAUCUGCCUUGUAUUCUAAAUGUAACACAAAAUGCUUCAGGAACUCACCAGGUCAGGCAACAUUUUGUGUGUGUUGCUCUGGAUGUCUAGCAUCUGCAGACUCUUGGGCAUAGGUGUCAAACUCAAGGCCCGCAGGCCAUAUCCGGCCCAGCGUACAAUUAUAUCCGGCCCGCGAGAUCAUUUUAGAUAGAUCUAUUAUUUUCAUUAUUAAUGGCCCGGCAAUAUGAAGCCUAUGAUUGUAAGUUAAUACCAAUCAUAAAAAUAAUGCUUGCUCAGCAGUCUUCUUCAUAGGAAACGGAAUUUGUGAAGUGAAACACUUUGUAGUUAUAGCAGAGACUGAGACACAUGAAAGAACAGGCUGAAAAAAAUGGAGGCAAUGAAAGCUGCGUUCACACGCGCCCAACUGAUCCGGCCCGCAUGAAGCUGCAUUUUGCCCAAUCCGGCCCAUGACCUAAAAUGAGUUUGACACCCCUGUUCUUGGGUUUACACUAAUGUACAUGUUUUUGACCUCAACAAAAAUUGCUGUUGAUUUAAUAAACUGGAUUAUGAAAUAAUAAUUAUCACUAGCUCACUGAUAAAAUGCAUAGGUUUUUACCCAAUAUCAACGUGCAAUACUCAACAAGAUUCCUCCCUCAGAGUGCAAAGUGCAAUUGACAUAAGAAUGUUUCAGCAAAGCUCAUCUGGAAAUAUUGCACUAGAAAGACCACUUUGACAUUUUUUUUUCCAGAUUUUGAUAUUUUGAUAUAUCAAAUAAAAUGGAACUAAUGAAAUGUAAUCAAAUGAUAUUAAACAAUUAAACAAAAA